AAAUUAAAUAUUACAGUUGAUGAGCGUAUACGCUUGGCACCAUUCGAGCUAAAUAUGUCCCCUGUGGAAAAGCGCGAACCUGCUCCUGACCCGACAGGACCAUCAACCAUACAGAAAGUGGUCAAGACCGUCUUUUUGGUUUCAGUAUGGAUCUGUCUUGGUCUGUACUUGGAAAUCACGGGUCCAACUCUGAAAGACUUGAAACUCCGUGCUAACCUAGAUUAUGAGGACGUGUCGAGAGCCGUUUCCGGUCGAAGCAUUGGCUUCUUCAUAGGGGCCGCAUUAGGAGGAUUCCUCGUCGAUAAACUGGACCCAUACUGCGAUCUUAUGGUGGCUCUCUGUCUGGAUCUUGGAGCAACCGCGACCAUCAUAGCUCCAUAUUCCCAAAAUAUCAGCCUUAUGUGGUUUCUCUUUGUAAUGCAAGGGACAUUUGAAGGGAUAAUAAACAUCGCUGGUCAAAAACUUGUCCUGGAAAUCUGGCAAGAGAAAGCAGCAUCCCCACUUUUUCUUUUGCACUUUGGAUUCGGGGUAGGCUCUUUCAUCGUUCCACAGAUAGCAAACCCAUUUCUAGCCGUCCCUAAACCCACCGCCGCACCAAAUUCCACUAAUAUCACCACAGCAGUUCCGGUAAUCACAACGGAAGUGACGGAAUACCUCCGAGGAUCCAAAAUUGAGUGGGCGUAUCUGAUCGUAGCUUUAAUUACUAUUGGGGUAUCUCUCGUGUUUUAUUUUUACCAGUUCUGUGGUAAAUGGUCAAGAAAUCGACAGGCUAAUAGAUUGAAACAAGAUACAGAUGAUCAGCCAACCUUUCGCGAAAUCAUCGAUCCUGCGACGUGUGCUAAUGGAAAACGUCUGUUUGGUGUGCAAGUUUUUGGACUGCUGUUUCUUUUCUUUUUUAUUGCUACUGGAGGCGAACGCGUAUACGGUAAAUUCAUCCGCAGUUUUGCAAUAGAUCAUGCCAAAUUAGACGGCGAUGAGGCCUCACUGUUGAACAGCUCCUUUUGGAUCAGUUUUGCUAUUGGAAGGUUUGCAGGAUUCGUUGCUGCUAAAUGGAUUUCAAUUCGAAUCAUUCUUCUGAUCGAGGGAACAGGUGCGCUAGUUUCGGCGAUAUUAUUAAACAUUUUCGGCGAUGACAGUUCCACAAUGCUAUGGAUUCUGACCCAGCCUAUGGCGUUCUUCAUUGCUCCGUGCUUUCCCUCGGGUGUUGGGUGGGCCGAUUUUCACAUCCACUUGUCUGGUCUCGGAAUAACCUUUCUCCUGUUAGGAGGUGCUUUGGGUGGCGUGUGUUUCAUGUGGGUCAUUGGACAUGUAUAUGAAUCCAAUGGCCCCCUGUCUUUCUUUUAUGUCAUACAGGCAUAUGGGAUUCUUCUGUGUGCCUUAGUAUUUAUUCUGCAUUUCUCUACGUGGGGUAAAGGGCACCGUUUCAAAGACCAAGUUAAAGAAGUGGUUGAGGUUGUAGAUAUCAAAGCAGUGAAACUUAAUUUUGACGAAAAAUCGGACAAGGAAAAGAAUAAUAAACAAUGCAACUGAGGAGAUAAUUACCCCAGACAUUAAGCGAGAGAAUCUACUUGUGUAUAUCAUAAUCUCCUUGAAAUGUAAUCAUACUAAACUAAUGUAGUUUUCAGCGUUCCACAAUAAAGGAUCAAAAGGUG